UGGACUAUUUCUCGUUGCCUUCUACGACCAAGGAUGUCAAGGAGAACAAGGAAAAACCUCAGGUUCCUGGCUUGAGUGCGUCGAACAAAGAUUCUUUCAGCAUAUCCAGCAAUAUUUGUUCUACGAAGCUGACCCAGAAUGUUAAGCUUCUGGGGUUGCUGAAUUGGGCUUCCCACAAAGAGACAUUGAUCGAUUCUUUGACAGGUCUACGCUGGGUUGAUGGAGAAGAAGUCGUAAAAUUUUUACAAGAUAUUUUGGACGCUUUAUUUAAUAUUUUAAUGGAUAACCCAAAGACUGACACCUAUGAUACUCUAGUUUUCGAAUGUUUACUAGAAAUUAUUGGUCUAGUUAGUAACGAUUGGAAGUAUCAGCAUUUCGAACCUGUCCUAGAUUUGUAUAUCAAGGAGAGUUUCAGUGCUACAUUAGCUUACAGGAAACUGAUAUCAGUAUUAAAAACGGUUGUUAGCAAUGCCACGGAUUCAAGGUCGAGUUCAAAAGAUCUGAUUUUCAAGACUAUGAAAUGUUUUCAGUAUUUCAUGAGGUUCGUAGCUAGAAGUCGAAUUUUGUACAUGGAACUCUACCCCGAAAAUGAUCCGGAAGACGACUUCAACGCGAACAUUAGAAGUCUUUUGAAAGAUAUCAAUUCUAUGAUGUCCUCCGAUAUCGAGGGACUGAUCAGGGAGCAAGGAGCCUGUUUGAAGUAUUUCCCAAGUUGUAUUCCUGAUAUUUUGUUAGUUUUUAAUCACGUUGAACUGAGCAAUGUUUUAUUUGACAUGAUCACCAAAAUGCCAUUGGGCCGACUGACAAAACAGAAGAUGAUGACAAUAAAUGAGAUAAUUCAUAGCAAAAUAUUUUUGUAUCCUGAAUGUAGAGUGAUAUUACUCCCGCUCAUAACUGAACAAGUAAAAACGUUAUUUUUAACCAAGGAGGAGGGACUUGUGAGGCAAGAUGGAAGGAGACAGAAUAAUAGAUCGGUGGCCAAGGUUGCUCAACUUCUGGGGACGACAGAACGGUUUGUCAAUCAACACGUGGGAUAUCCGGAAGAGGUGGAGUUGUGCAUAAAAAACAUGAGCGAUAUAAUGGAACUGCUCUUCCGCAGAGAUAUAGGAUCCACUUUUAAAGAUCUAACUGUAAUCAUCCAGUCAGCGCUCCGAACGAUUAUCCAGAGCCAUAUAAAAAUGGAGAAAGACAACCCCCACGCGAGUAAUCUCGUUGCUGUAAUGUUAGACAUAUUUCGACAGAUGACAAGCGACCACUAUUCCGACUACAUAAAGAAGUUCCCCACCAACUUUGACAUCUUGGACUUCUUGAUGGAAAUCCUCGUGGUUUUCAAGGAACUAGUCAGUAAUUCCGUGUUUCCCAAAGACUGGUGCGACAUGAUCAUGUUACAGAACAGCAUCAUUCUCAAAUCGCUGAGGUUUUUUUCUCACACGAUAAGAGAUUGUUUUUUCCAAAAAUUCGAACACGACUCUUGGAAUAACUUUUUCCAUUGCGCGAUAGCUUUCAUGACACAGGAGGCGUUGCAGUUGGAGAAUUUUUCUUUCAACAAGCGGAUGAGGAUAGUCGACCAAUAUAAGGAUAUGAGGGUGGAAAUGGGUUUUGAGAUUAAAGCCAUGUGGUUCAAUUUAGGUCAAAAUAAGGUCCAAUUCGUGCCUUCUCUCGUCGGGCUCAUACUCGAGAUGACUUUAAUUCCAGAGCCAGUACUACGCAAAGCUACCAUUCAAAUAUUCUUCGAUAUGAUGCUUCAAAACUGA